UAUGACAGCAGACGAAAGGAAAUUGUUCGACCACCUCAAAUCACCACAUCUGAAAUACUGGGUCCCCUUCAUUUGGUUUGGAAAUCUUGCCACCAAAGCCCGGAAUGAAGGUAGAAUCAGGGACAGCGUCGACCUUCAAUCAUUGAUGACCGAGAUGAAUCGGUACCGCUCCUGGUGCAGCCUCUUAUUUGGCUAUGACUGGGUUGGCAUUCCGCUGGUUUACACACAGGUUGUCACCCUCGCGGUCUACACGUUCUUCUUCGCGUGCCUCAUUGGACGGCAGUUCCUGGAUCCCACCAAAGGCUACGCGGGGCAUGACUUGGAUCUGUACAUUCCGAUCUUCACCCUUCUGCAGUUCUUCUUCUACGCAGGAUGGCUCAAGGUUGCCGAGCAACUGAUCAACCCUUUUGGAGAAGACGAUGACGAUUUUGAAACAAACUGGUGUAUUGACAGAAACCUGCAGGUCUCCCUCUUAGCUGUGGACGAAAUGCACAUGAGCUUGCCCAAGAUGAAGAAGGAUAUUUACUGGGAUGAUUCUGCCGCUCGGCCCCCGUAUACACUGGCAGCGGCUGAUUAUUGCAUACCCUCAUUUCUGGGCUCAACAAUCCAAAUGGGGCUGUCCGGGUCAGAGUUCCCCGAGGAGGACUGGCUAUGGAACUAUGAGAAGCAUGGCCACCGGCGCUCCGUGAUGAGGAGAGUCAAGCGCUUCCUGAGUACCCACGAGCACCCCAGCAGCCCCAGGAGGAGGACUUUCGGCAGGCAGGCCAGCGACAGCUCCAUGUUCUUCCCGCCCAGCCCAGCUCGGGAUCUGCUGGAUGUGCCUUCGAGAAAUCCCCACCGAGCCUCUCCCACCCGGAAGCCAUCCCACUCCCUAGAGGGCAGCCCCAAACUGCAUUCCAGCAUGGGCGAACUGUCCACCAUCAGAGAGACCAGCCGCACCAGCACUUUGCAAAGCCUGACCCCGCAGUCCAGUGUGAGGGCCUCCCCUACCAAAAUUCCCCAGGUCCCUGAGGUCCUGAUCACAGCAGCUGAAGCACCACCGGGGUCCUCAUCAGAUAGCCAUGACCAUGACUCUGCUACCUCCAUCUUGAGUCUCGAGUUCACUGGGGUGCAACCUAGCAGGACCGAGCCGCAGGUAGACCCCUCAGGGAAGGCGACGCCAUCUGGGGACCGCAAUCCCCAGGCUGUUUCAACCAGUACUGAAAGAGACUUGUUUACGUUUGAGGAAGAUCCGUGUGAUGACAGAUUCCCCCAAAGUUGGAGCCUUCCAGAGUUACGGGAGUCCAGGCACACCUCCUUGGGAAACUUAGGUCCAGAUCCUGUGAGUUCCGGAGCUGCUCCCUUACCCGACAUGGAAACAUCCUCAGAGACGAGCGUAAUCCGUCCCAGGGCUAGCUCUGGGGUCUCUCCUGACAUCCUGUUCUUAAUGGAAAACUUGGACACGAAGGAAACAGACAUCCUGGAGUUUAACAACGAGCACCCUGAAGGAGCACCUAAGGGAGCGCCUCAGCGUCCCAGGACCUGGUUCUAGCUCACCUUCCUCCUCUACACAGCUGUCAGUACCAGCUUGGGGACAGCCCCCAGGAGCAGGCCAGUGUUUAGAAACAUAAUCCUACUGUACAAGCUUAGAACUCUGAAGGGCAUUAUGGUCCUGCAAAACCCAAACGCAACCACAUUGUCUAACGCAAAGGGGCUUUCACGGAACUUGUAUGGCCCAAAAUGAAUUAUCAAAACCAAAUACGGGAUCUCAUAUAAAUGUAUAUGGCUUAUACAUCCAUACAUGAUUAGCUGUGGAAAGGACCAUACAGAUCAUAGUCUAAUCCCUUAGAAGCAAAGGCCCAGACGCAAAGGGUCCCAUUUCUUUCCUGGUUCCAUCCCAUACCUCUCUUCCUUUAGCUACAGAGACAAGGCUAGACCAUGCCAUGCCCAGAGACCCUUUCUGCUUAGAGCAGUUCAACCCAAGCUUCCUGCCCACCCCAUCACACUUUCUGUAACUAUUGUUGCCAUCUUUCCUGAGCUCCUAAACAUCCUCAGCAUCAGAAAGUCCCGUUUCUCUUCCAUUACUAUUUCUCUUGUCUGGUCUUCAUUUUUCUCUCUUCAUCUUUAUUCUCUGCCAUCUUUCUUCUGCCCUUUUUCUUAGUCUAGCUUCACUAGUGACUCUAAUCUGUCCCUCUUUCCAGGUUGCAUAAAUUUUCUCCUUUCAACUCUGUUGCUUACUCACUGUCAUGGUGUUCAAACUAUGAGACACUGGUAAAGCCCGGUACAGGAAUCUAACGCACCCACCCUCCCACCCUCCCAGCCUUGCAGAAAGAGGUGUGUGUGCCGAUGGUAUCCAGCAUCUCAAACGUGCUGCUUCCGCUCUUUCAUCUUGGACACUAGAGAAGACUGAAUCUAAGAGGAUCUGAAAUCCGCAUAGCCAACUGCUGCAUCCCCAAAGGAUGACGUGGUUUCGUUCUGCUGAACUCAUACACAGUCUUAAGCAAAAACAUCCCAAUUGUGCCACAGCGUGGGACCAGGUACUGAGUCUGUUGGGUUGUUUUAUAUGACGUAGGAUGUUAGAGCUGUGUGGACUUCAGGGUCCAUGACCGCAUGAUGACCACAGACUGUUGCCAGCUUCCUUUCAGAAGUUCUUACAUUAUGUUUUGCAAGCUCCCGGCUUUGGAAAGUGUUGCCUUUCUGGGUGCCAUCUUUCCCAUGUGUCAUAUAAUGGAACUUGAUGUGUGGCUUGGUUGGCUGUCUCAACGCUCCACGCAGCCGUAUCUGAAGUUCACAUGUGAGCUCUCAAUCCUUGAAGGAUUCCCAUGGGACCGACAUACCCUUGGCACCAAUAGAAGCAAUGGAGAACUCGCUUUCCCGAACUCACAUAGCUGGGCUCACACUUCCUCACCAUGCCGCUGUAGGGCCAUGAAUCUGCUAGCGAUUUGCCCCAAAUUCUGGGGAAUGCUCCAAGGCGGCUAGUCACAGGUUUGUGCCGAACCUCUUCAGCCUCGGAGACCUAUCUGAAUUCUCUCUGCCCAAAACAGAGGAGAGCAGAGCUUUAUGUCUUGGAGCCCUUACCAUGGUCCUCUCCUUUCACUGUGGAAGCUGGCGGGAGCCUCUUUUUCCUUCCCCGACUUUGGAGUCCUGGUGUGUUGGGUUGUAGUGACCACAUUAACACAAGACCUCACUCAGUUCUCAGCAGGGCCUUUUCUUCAAGGACUAAAAUGGUUUGCUAUUAGAAGACGUGCUACACGUGAUUGGUUCUCUAUGUUGGUCCAUACCGUUAGCGCCCAAGAAAGGACUGUAAUCCCCAAAUCAUCACAGACAGACAGACAGACACAAGCCCCAUGGUGUUUCUAAAAGACCAGAGUCCCGACCUUUUCCCAGUCACUAUUGUCUUCGGCCACUUUUCUUGAGUGCUUCAAUAUAAGUCCCUCCAUCUGCUUCUUUGGCUCUAUUGCUCAAGUAUAAAUAAGUUUCUACUUAGCUGUCUUUGAAGCAUAAUCAGUUUUCAUUCUUAAAUCCUAAGUUGUCAACUUUACAUAAUAGAAGAGUUUUAUGGAGAAAUGGGAAGGUGUUCAUUUAUCUAUUCCUGUGCAUCUCUUAUCCGCCUUCAUUCUGGAGAAUUUUCUAAGUUCCUCACUAUUUCUUCAAAUUUUGGGAUGGCCUCCCAUUUUUUCUCCUCACUCUGAAAACUGAAUCAUGACUUGCUCAAAGAGCCCAAAUGAGGAGAUUUUUUUCCAUUCUAGAAUGAAUCUUUAUCCUGCAUGGCCAAGGCUGCAAAAAUAAAAGAAUUUAUUCUCUUGUGCCUGA